ACAAAAGCUUUUGCCGUUUACAAACCCAGCGAUGGCGACCGAGACCAAGCCGACGACGACCAAGCUCCACUCGUACUGGCGCAGCAGCUGCUCGUGGCGCGUGCGCAUCUCGCUGGCCUACAAGCAGAUCCCGUACGAGUACAUUGGCGUGAACCUCCUCAAGGGCGAGCAGGUCGGGCCGACCUUCACGGCCAUCAACCCCAACGGGCGCGUGCCCACGCUCGAGAUCGACGGCCACGUCUUGCACCAGAGCGGUGCGAUCCUCGAGUACCUUGAAGAGACGCAUCCGACGCACCCGCUUCUGCCGGCUAACGCGCUUGGCCGCGCCCACGUCCGCAACCUCUGCGGCCUCAUCGGCUGCGACAUCCAGCCGGUCCAGAACCUCGCCGUCAUGAAGCGCGCGGUCAUCAACUACGCGGAAGCCGACCAAAUGGCGGCGCGCAUGGCAUGGAGCAAGGAGUGGAUCGAGCGUGGCUUUGACGUGCUCGAGGCCGAGCUCGCCAAGACCGCCGGCAAGUACUGCGUCGGCGACGCCAUCUCGCUCGCGGACGUGUACCUUGAGCCGCAGGUGUACAACGCCAACCGCUUCAAGGUCGACAUGGCCAAGUACCCGACGAUCUCGCGUAUCGUUGCGGCGCUCGCCGAGCACCCGGCGUUCUACGCUGCGCACCCGUCGCAGCAGCCAGACGCGACCGAGUAGGCAAUCUACGUCGUACACUGUUUUUGUUCUAUCAACAUGGUAUAAGCCUAUGCUAUUCUGG